AUGUUCGAUGGUCUCUUAGGCCGUGGGUUUGCUCCUAAGGGAAAACCACUGAUAAAACUGACUAAGAAUCGGAUCGAUGUUCUUCGGAGGAAGAGAAACGCUACGAUCAGGUUUUUGAAGAAAGAUUUGGCUGAUCUAAUUUCUAAUGGCCUUGACCUUAAUGCUUAUAACAGGGCUAGUGGGCUUCUUGAUGAAUUAAGGCAUCUAUGGAAUCUUGACUUUGUAGAGAAAACCUGUGAUUUCGUAUAUAAGAAUCUCUCUACCAUGCAAAAGAUUGCGGAAUGUCCAGAAGAUUGUCGUGAAGCUGUGUCGUCGUUAAUGUUUGCAGCCUCUGGAUUUUCUGAGUUACCUGAGUUGCGUGAGCUGAGGCAAAUGUUUCACGAAAGAUACGCAGAUUCACUUGUAUUGUUUGUCAACCAAGAGCUUGUUGAGAGUAUGUCAUCGAAGCCAUUUUCUUUGGAGAAGAAAGUGAAGUUAAUGGAAGAUGUUGCAUUGGAGUUCUCUAUUCGUUGGGAUCCUAAAGAUUUUGAGAAGAAGAUUGCGAGACAGAAUAGUAGUUCGAUAAAGGAGACCCCAAAGAGCAAUUUUGACAAGUACAAGCUUGUAGACAAAAACAUGGCAAUGCCAAAAAGAGAAGUACAUGAACCGAUAUUUACCGAUGGUGACACUAUAGUAAUGAAGCUCAAGCGUGAGAAUCAGCAUGGGAUAACGCCUAAAGAAAGGUGGGAUAAUGUUCGUCGCAGCUCCAGAUCGGAAAGCAAGGAGAAUAAAGCUGAAAGGAAGGAGUUUUGUUUGCAAUCUAAGCAAGAAUCUUCUAGAGAAAGACAUGAGCCUAUUUUUAACGAAGGUGACACUAUAGUGAUGAAGAUCAAGCGUGAGAAUGGACAUCAAAAUGGUGAGGCUGAUGCGUGGCCUAAGAAAACAGAUGUUAUUGCCUCAGAGACACCAAAGCCUAGCAGCACCAAAAAACCCGACAAGUUAGUUCUCGGCUUUAAACAAGAGAGUUUCUUUCAAGGAUACAAACACGAGAUUCACGAAGAGCAUGCACCUCUGAAAGCGGAAGAUAACAUCUCAAGACCUCCAAAGCCAAGUAGCAAGUCGAAGAGAACAGAAUCUUUAGAUUCAGUUCGUAGACAUCGUAAUGACUGGGAGAGUAGAGACAAUGCAGUUCUUGUUGGAGAGAACACAGAAAAAGAUUCAUCUAGUGGUAACGUCAAGGAUGGUGAUCAUGCAAAUCCAGCAAGGAAAAUCGAGGAGCGAGAAUCAGAGAGAAUGAAAUCACAAAUUUACAAAUCCCUUCCACCUCCGUAUGUUAAACCUAGUGGUAAACCAAAGAAUGAUAAAGCUGAAGCUUCAGUUUAUCCAAAGGCUCGGUUUGAUGGCGAAGAAGGAAACCAUCCAGAGAUUGAUAAGAAUGUUAUCCGCGUCGAGAGAGGAAAUGAAGCAGAUUAUGACAUAGAUAGUCAAUCUCUGAAACGGCGAUCUAGUAGAAGAAAACACAUCUUACAAUCAGGUGAUGGUGAUGAUGAUACCAGAAGCCGAAGAAAAGAAAACUCGAGGAAAGGCCUUCAAGUCUUAAUCGAUGAUGAUGAGAAGGACAGUGAGGAAAAGAUGAUGGAUAAGCUUCUCAUGCAUUACAGUAAAAAACCUUCGAGUUAUGAAAAUAACAAUGUGCAACAAGAAUCCAAAAGCAGACGCUCACAUCUUAAAAAACCCGAAUGUGAAGAGAUGAUGAUUCAUCAGCCCGCACGGUCACGAUCUCUCCCCAGUGAACAAUGGGCCGGACCAUCUGAACCGUCGAAAACGUUUGCCCGUGCUUCAUCGUUUCAGCCAGAACGUUCCAGUGAAGCUAAGCACGUUCACCCCAAGUUACCAAACUACGACGAUUUGGCUGCAAGAUUUGCAGAGCUUAAAGGAAGGUAG